AGAGGCUGGACGGGAGGGUCCUCUCGCUCGCGCCGGUGGGGAGCGGACUGGGUGCCUCGCGCGCACGCCACGACACUGCUCCGUUACGUUGAUCAUUAAGACUUAAGUGACACGCCGGGCUGCCGCGGGGACGCGGUGCUCUCAGGACCGACCGGCUCUGCGGAACAUGCUCGGACCCCUGCGCGCGACUUCACCAUGCUGAGCAGGAGGUCGAACGCGUCUCCGCUGAGCGCGCCCGCCGUGCUGGACCGCGCGCGGGUCGGGGAGCGGCUGCACGCGGCUCUGGCGGGACUGCGGGAGCUGCACGUGCUGCGGGAGAAGCAGGCCGACAUGGUGCGGUGGGCGCUGCGCGCGGAGCCUCCUCGGGCGCGAGCGGCGGCGGCGGAGGAGGAGGAGCGGCGGCUCGAGGAGACGUUGGGGGCGCUGAGAGAGCAACUGUCGCGGCUCCGGAGGCAGGACGUGGGGCUGAAGAGCCACCUGCAGCAGCUGGACCAACAGAUCAGCGAGCUGAAGCUGGACGUGUGCAAGGCGUCAACGGAGCAGCUGGAGAGCGACAGCCGGCCCAGCUCCGGUUUUUAUGACCUCAGUGAUGGUGGCUCCGGGUCCCUGUCCAACUCCUGCACCUCCGUCUACAGCGAGUGCUUGUCCUCCUCCCAGUCCAGCUUGCUUCCACAUCACCACCUGGUCGGCGGGCACUCCGAAGCGUCACGGCGGCGCUCCGCUGACGAAAGUGCGGCGCAGGCCGAGCCCCCCAGAGGGAGCGGGGUGCGUCUAGGCAGCAGCCGGAUUCGCGCUGGUUCUGGGAUCGCGGAUCGGGCAAAGCCCAGGCCUGUGUCCACAGGAGACUUGGACAAGGUUUUGAUCUCCAGCAAGUCCAUGGAUGUAUCGAAGUCUUCUGGGUGUCACAGUGUGCACUUCUGCGCCUCCAACCCCAAGUACCAGAGUGACCUGGUGUCGCGCAACAGCUCCGAGGUGUACCGCUACCCAAGCCCCCUUCACGCCGUGGCUCUCCAGAGCCCCCUGUUUUCUCUAACCUGGGAGGUUGCAACAUCCCUUGCAGAGCCCUCAGCAUCCCAGUCCAGGCCCUCCUCCAGCAGUGACCUCCUGGAGGGACCAUCAGUUUGCUUUGAGAACAGAUCUGCAGAGUACAUUAGUGAGCUUCUCCAACGCAACCUGAGCAAGGCUGGUUACCAGAGUGAGACAUGGAGAGACAGGUUCCAGUCAACCACAACGACCCUCAACAAGUCCCCUGCGGAGGGCAGCAAGGUCUCCACAUCCGUCUCUAGUUUAGCUCCCAAGUUCUGGGACAAGAGUUCACUGCUUCACCCAAAGAACCUCCGUAUGGACACUGAGAAGACUGGCCGCUGUGGCAUCAGUUCUGACUCUAGCCUGAAUCGUGUCGAGGAGCUGUCCAUGUUUUCCCAGAAUUCAUAUCCAGCAGGCCCAAGCCCAGGAAGAGAUGCGGAGACCAAGGGGGUCGCUGUCCUCCUAGACAGCCCAAAAUGGGAUAAAGAGGGAGGUGGAGAACAACCAAGUAGGGAGUCGAGUUGUCCUGGAGAAUCGCUGCAGGCCACUGAGCCGUUGGCCUCCAGUACAAACAAAGGUCAAGGCUCUGAGAUGCCCCUCCCCGGCACCUCUCAGCUGGAAUUCGUCCACGCCCAGUUCGUGCCAGCUGGGUCUCGGCAGGUGAAGGUGCGGCAGGCUGACAGGAAGGCGAAGGCUGUGAAAGUGAAGAGGAGGAGCUCUGAGAAGUUGCGACCAUCCUGCGACCGGGGCAGAGACGCCAUUGGGAGGGUGGACCGACACGCUGACGGAUCCCCGAAGCAAUCGACGGCAGGGAGAGCCUCCGGAGACCCUCCCAAACAUCCAGCAGAGGGAGGGUUCCGGUCCUGCUCCGAGUCCAGCGUGCUUGCUUCCUCGCUGCCCAGCAUUCCCUGCUUCCAAGCCCAGGGAGACCCUGCUCCCCAAUCCAGCAAAGCCCAACGAGCACAGCCUUCCAGAGCAGAGCGCGUCCCUGUCGACCCCGGCAGGAAGCGGCAGACAGUUCAGAAGUUGCAGUCAGCGGUAGAAACUGGUGCGUGGCCUUCGUCGGGGGUCAUGUCCCACGGUCAAAGGUCAAAAGAGGUACACAGGCAGGAGGCAUUACGUAAAGGGGGAUUGGUGCGUAGUGCAAGCGCGAGACCCCGCUCUGUGCAGUGGGGGGGCCACCAGCGCCUCUUCCACCCCUCUGCCUCCUACUAUGGCGGCCAUGCCUCCCGCUAUCCACGAGCUCCUUACCCCAACUACCCUCCGCAGAGCGAGUCUGAGUACUCGGCGGACGGCGCUUCCCUCUUCCACUCCACCAUCGCUGAGAGCAGUGAGGGCGAACUGAGCGACUUCACCGCCAACCGAUUCGGUGACAGCGAAUCCAGCCAAGGCUCCCAGUCGCCGAGCGACUCCGACAGCAGCCUCUCGCUAGAGGAGGACGAGGACGGGGCAGGUCUCGUGUGGGCCGAGGCCGCGGUGGGACCGACGGCGGCUGGGGUGCCCUUGCAGCAGCCCCGCCCCGAGCCCCCCGCCUGUCGGAUCAAGGCAUCCCGAGCCCUGAAGAAGAAGAUCCGCAGGUUCCAGCCUGCUGCUUUGAAGGUGAUGACAAUGGUGUAGCUCCUUAUGACCUGCCUUGCCAAGAGGAUGGCGGCCUUUGACUUUCACAGCUCGAUACGUGACCGCCGCAGAAUACCGUGUGCUCUACAUGUUCAGUUUCUCACGUGCUGCUGCUUUAGGAGUCGACCGCGAUGACCAGUCAGCUGUUUUUGGCCACUUCGCACGAUUCUUUUUCUUUCAUUAAGCCACCGAUUCAUUCAUGACACACAACUCUUAUCGAAGAAACCAAAGAACCCAUCUCUUCAUCUUCUACUGAGCAUAAAUCAAUUAAAAUCCCCCAAAAAAUAACAGUAUGUGAAUAGUCAUGCACAACAUUCCCGAGAGUAGGCGUGACCGUAAUCAAGAACUGGGGUAACAUUGUAUUAUAAAUUGUUUGUUUAAAAAAAUGGAUGUUUGACUUUCUGUUUGUUACCUGUCCGAUUUUGUGCGUUUCUGCGCAAGGGAUUUUUUCACUA